UGGCCCCGCGGGGAGGCCGGUGAGGAGCGGCGGGCAUGGCCGGCAGAGCCCCGCAGCCCGCGGCCGUGCCGCAGCCCCCCGGCGGCGGCCACCACCACCACCACCACCACCACCCCUAUCCGCACCCGGUGGCGGCGGAGGGCGAGGGCCCGGAGGAGGAGGCCGAGGCCUUCGAGCUGCGGCCGCGGGGCCGGGAGAAGGUGCGGCGAAGCGCCUCGAGGGACCGGCCGGACGACAUCGUCCUGCUGACGAGGGACAUCCAGGAAGGGGACACGCUGAACGCCAUCGCGCUGCAGUUCUGCUGCUCGGUUGCAGAUAUCAAGAGAGUUAACAAUCUUAUCAACGAUCAAGAUUUUUUUGCCCUGAGGUCUAUCAAAAUCCCAGUGAAAAAGUUCAGCGUACUGACCGAGACACAUGCCUCUCCAAAAGGAAGGCCAGUCCUUCGGCCGGCUCACUGUUCCCCAGAAGUGCAGGAGACAUCACCUUCUGACAAAUUCUCUGCUAACGAGACUGCUGGCAACUUCUUAAAAGAAGUGGAUCGAGAUAUAGAAGAGAUCGUGAAGUGCAACGAUACGAAGAGAGAGAACCUUAAUGAAGUUGUUUCUGCCUUAGCAGCCCAACAGGUCUGUUUUGAAACUGAUGGUAAAACUAAAAAAUCCAAGGAUCCUUACUAUGGAGCGGAUUGGGGCAUAGGGUGGUGGACAGCUGUAGUGAUUAUGUUGAUCAUUGGCAUAAUAACUCCAGUUUUUUAUCUCCUGUACUAUGAAGUUUUAGUGAAAGCAGAUGUCAGUCACCAUUCUACAAUGGAAUCUGCCCAUUCCUUUGUCACAGCAGCUUCACAUCAGAAACAAAUAGAAAAUGGAAUGAAUCCAGCGAAUAUUAUAAAUGUUGAUAAUCAAGGAGACCUUCAGCCUUACAACCGAAAACCCCAGGCAACUGUCAUUCAUAGACACAUAACAUAGCGUUAGGUGAAGAGGAAACCACAGAAUGCAAAAGGCAUCUGUAACGCAGAUGAAAUACUUAACAGAGAAAUACUUAAUGACCUACCUUUAUGGGCAGUGUUCCAGCACAAGGAUGUUCCCAUGGAUCAUGUAAGCCCAUUAAUGUGCUUCAGGCAGAAGAUUUUGAUGCAAGAUUGGAAUAUAAGUUAAGAAAUUGUCUCUGAAGUGUUGCACUUUUUUUCUAUUUUAAUAGGUGUGUGUUUUCUAAUAAAUGACGAGGUGAAAAAGGUAGUUUGAGCUAACACAUAAGGAAUCUCACUGUACAUUUUGCAGCCCUAAGAUGGGCAUUUGGGGAUAUCUAUCUUUUAAAUAUCUUAAAGUAUUUAUAGAGUGCAUAGUACAUUUGACAUUUUAAUAUCAAGUUUACAGUUACCAGAUAAGACUACAUUCUUAUAUUUUUCUUACGGAAUUUUUAAAACUCAGUCAUUCCAUAAUUAACUGCCACUAUACAGUCCUCUUUUUCCACAAUGUCUACGAAAGAGGCAGUAGCUAAUACUUAAGCUGGAGUCCUCAAAUUUUGUGCCUGUGGUCAACCCAUUCUUUAGUAGUUUUUAGUAUAGGGAGGAGGAGAACUUGGUUCCUAUGUAUGUCAUACUGUCCUUCAACACAGUCCAGUUGAGAAAGUCUUUUGUUUGAAACUUCACAUCCAUGUUAUCCUUCUACUGAAAGCUGACAUGGCUGGACUGCACUUUUCUGGUCAGCUGUAUAUGAGAAGAAACAAGUGAAGAUGCGUGGCACCUUGCUGUGACUGCUUCAUUAGUCUUUAUUUUAUGGUUACGGCUUUUCCUUCCUUCAGUACAUCACGUUCAAGAGCAGCUGAUUCUUCAGACAGCAGCUACUGAACUGUUCAGGGUUCUGAAUAUGUUAACGGUCCUUAAAACAUUAUGGACAUGAACCUUAAACACCAACUUUUUCCUGAAAUCGCCUGCAGAACUUCAGAUGAGGUUCAGAGGCUGCUAGGAAGAAGCCUAGCACUGCAGCAGAAUAGACCAGCCGUAGCUUCAAACUGUUCUUUCGCUGAUAUUCUUCAACCACUCUGUUCUUGACUGUUUCACUUGAUUUCAUGGACAAACUUGGUUUUCCCCUUUUCUUCCCUAGCUGAAAAUACUACAGGAGGAAAAAAAAAAAAAAAGACUUUUCCUACAGAAAGAAGUAGAGAGGUACUAGUGUACUCUGAAUAUUAUGAAAUAAAAAAUGAGAUGUUGCCUAUAAUCUUCUGUUAUAUUUGCCUUGUGGAAUAAGGUUUCUAUUCUGCUGUUUGAAGUAAUAUUUGUUACCAAAGCUGAAGUUAACUGACUUUCUUAAGACUUAGAAAUGGAAAAAUAUCAUUAUCUUUUCAAUUUAAACACUAUUAAAAGCUCUCCUUUGAAUGCCUUGAGCGAGUAUACGCAGUGUGGAAAUAAACUGAUAAAGCCUCUAUUUUUUUUUUUAACUAUAGAAAGUAUUCAAAAGUGAUUUAUCGACUUUAAUUUUGAACGUAAAGGCUUUUGCCACUAUGGGGCAAAUACUGUUCACUGGCACGCUAAGGGUAUGAACGUGAAUUGGUUUACUUUCAGUGUAGGUUGAAAUAGCCUAAAGCUUGAAGGGAAUCUACAGCUGGACCUGUAGUGGCUAGUGGCUGUGGAAGCCUUCGACCAAAGUAGUACCUCUGGAGACAGUGUGGCUACUCACAGCUUGCACAAGAGAAGAGGGAUUCUAAAUGAGCGUGACCUUCAUUAUUUCACAUACCACUUGUUUUCAAAGAUCUUCUUCAAUUUUAUGUCUGUGAAAACAAUAUAGUAGUAAUGCAAGCAUGUAUGUUCAUGUGCCAGUUCUGGGUAAGGCUGUGCAAAAAAAUGAGUUGCAAAAUAAUUUACGUUGGCUAGCGUGAUGUAGCUUCUGUGGCUAGAAGUUUAAAAGCAAGGCAACUUUAGGAAGAGGUAACUUGCUCUUGUCUUUUGGCACGUUAAGACAAAUGAGACAGUGUUCUGUCAAGCCGGGGACCUGGUGCAUAAUGUGUCAAUUUUUUGCUGUUAGCUUAUUUGUUGGUUUGUCUCUUCCUCCAUCAUUCCCUCUCUGUUUAUGGAACUUUGCUUUAUCCUUUCAUCUCUUAGGAAAUUGUUGAAGAACAAGAGAUUAACCGCUGUGAUAUGCAACAUAAGCCUGAAUUACUAUCCAUACCUUAACAGGCCAGUAUUAAAUUAUCAUCACAUCUGAAGUGAACUUCAUUUCAUUUGUGGUUUGAGUUGGUCGGGAAGGUCUUUGCUGUUUAUAUUUAAGAGAAGAGAUCCUUUUGUACGUGGUGUUAGAGCUGAAUGCUUCUCUAGUGUUUCAGGCUUCUUUGGGCUUUCACGGUGUUUUAAGGCUUUGUCACUCAGUUGUUAAGAGUGUGAUAGUAAGCAUUUAGUAGGAAAAAAAAA